AUGUAAAAUAAUUCCUAAAAUUAACAAAGAUUUAGAAAAAUUAUUGAAUCUGAAAAUGCAUUUGAUAAGUUGUAAUUAAAUCUAUAUUGUAAUAUUAUAUUCCAAUAUUCGGUUAAAAUUUAGAAUCUUAUUCAAUAACUGACUCUUUAGUUAAAGUUUAACAAUAAUACAAUAUUAUAUCAUAGAGAGAAAAUAAAAUAAGAGUGUCAAUCAAAGAAUAAGUUAAAAAUAUAUUUGAUUAUUGUUUAUUACAAAAAUAUGAAAAAUAUUAUAAAUUUUUAAUAACACAAGAAGAAAAAGAUUCAAUGA